UUUCACAAUAUUGAGAAAAAAGAAAAAAAUAUAUAAAUCACAAUAUUUAGGAGAAAACAGUAGGUUUUAUUACUGCCAAAACCAAUGAGUUAGAAUAAUAACCCUGCACAGAUCUCUUGAUCGCAUAACCCAAUGUCCCCACAUUUCUUCAAACUGCAAGUUCAACCUUUUUGUGAGAUUGAAUUCAGAUUUAUGUUAGGAAUUUGUACACUGAUUUUGUAACCCACUCAAAUCUCUUGGCCGAUGUCUUGCCCUUCACCGACAGGCCGGCAGAACCGCACAACUCUUGGGAUCACUAACAGCCUGGGAAGCAUUUCUGCAAGAGUCACGGGGAACUAGUGGAGGAUCCUCCUCACUCUGAGUGAUGUUUUAUCAAUAUUUACCUGCACAUGUUAGAAACACCUGAGGACAAAGUGAUGGAUUUUGCUAGAGAGGCUAAGUGCAGCUCCUCUCUUGUGUGCAUAAGGGAUUUGAAGCUGUUCUGCAAUAAGACGUAAAAGCUGUUGGGGUUUGAUGUUGUUUGGUGGGCUUAUGUGUGGCUCCUUUUUUUCCUUCCUAUUUUCAGUCAUCACAGAUAUUUGCAGUUAUUUAUUAACUCUGUAGAAGAUAUUUGGGGAAAAAUAAAGCCAGGAAGGGCUAGAGUAUCUCAGGGCAGGUUACUGCUUAGCCAGUGCUCAGGAGCUAUUAAAGGACAGUGAUGGAAUAUUUUUUUCCUCCCUCUUUGCCAGUGGAAAAUACCAUUAAACUAAAAGUGGAAAAUUCCCACAAGAGAGAAAAGGAAGUUGUUUGAAAAAGGCUGAUGGAGACAGCCUUUGUACAUAGAUAGAAGCUAAACCAACUAAUCGCCAUCAAGUGCACAUGGUUUUCAGCCAUUUCUGUAGAAAGCUUCAUCUCUGCUCUUAAAUUAGACAAUCAUUUUAUUGUGGAACGUCAUGUCAGUUUGUCUUCUUUGAGCUUUUUAAAGAGUCUUAUAUUGUUUUCCUUCUUUCUCAUUUCUGUCUUGUAGUCAUAAUUGACUUGUUAACAAGUUCCAAAGUGUCAGAUUUAUUACAGUCUUUCCCAUUUUCCCUAACUUCUUCAUUUUUUUAUCUUUCAAAAUGGGUGCAGUGCAAGGACUUGCUGAGCUGGUAGAGCUUCUUACAGUAAAACUGCUCACAAUAAAUGUGUUGGCUGGGGCUGGUAACAUUCAAAAUACACGGGUUCUAGUGGUUUGGGAUAGGCUUGCACCUAACAUCAGCAGCACUCCAUUACCUCUGCUGCUGGAUGGCAAUUUUGGGAGACAAUUUGGGAGAUUCCCAGCUCUUCAUUUCAACAGCCAAGAGGAUAUUAUUUAUUUUCCAAUUAACAGAAAUCUUUUUCUAUAUUUACUUCUAGAAGAUGUCCAGCACAUCCCAGCUACUCUCUGCUUUAAACAUCCUUGUGCAGUGGAUGUCACCGUUGUUUCGCCCCGGAUUCUGCCGCUUCCUUUGCCAGUGCAGAGACACAAAGGCAAACUAUUCCCACAACAUUCAGUCAUUUACCGUGGCAAUAGGAUGCAGUUACACAAGAGUUACAGGAGAAAUGGGCCAAGGAUAACAAGAAUGGAGUAUUUAUCCAUGAGUUCAAAGGGCACCACUCAGGACUUGCAAGAAGAGACCCAAGCGCUAAUGACUGACGUCAGGGAGCGCUUCCCAUCUUUAUUAAAUGGACUGAACAAUACCUUGGUAAAUUGGGUAAGACUGGAAGCAACAUGAUAACCCUGAAUUUGCAAUUUUAAAAGCUUUAAAAGUCCUAUCGAAAGGUGUGCCGCUGCAAGAUAAAGCACACAGGUUUGGAAAAGGAGACUUUAAUCCAUUAGAUAUAUGCCAUAUAAAUAGCUUUACUCUGCUAGACAGGAAGCUUUCAGUGGAAUAGAAGUGCUGUUUCCAUUUUCCUUGAUUUUUCCAGUUAUCUUGUUUUACAGCUCUCUACAAUAUAGUCCUUAGCCAGCACAGACCAACAUUUAGGCAAUUAUUUUCCUUUAUUCUUAAAAGAAAUACAAUAUCUGAUGGCGGCAAAUGUGCAAAGCACUGAAAUUGCCGAGCAUGACUCCAGAAUCUUAUUACACUGUCCCAUUCUCUCAUUUCUUCUAUAAUUAUGGACAAUUAGGGCUGAGAGCACCAAGGUCAGCUUAGCUCCUUUAAGUGUGUUUGCCAUAAAAGUGCUCUAUUUUAAUCUUGCUGGUGUGGUGUGUUUAAAAAAAAUGUGUUUAAAAAUGGCAUGCAGGGAAAAAAACAAGUUAGAAUUUGAUUCAGUAAAGGAAACUUAGAAUAUUCUUCUUUCAAAUGGCCCAAAUCCCAGAGCAGCCCCUCUGUGGGUAUAAAGUCUCCCAGGUGAGAGGGAGGCUUACAGCAGAUUGAGUGUAUAAAUAAAGACAAUUUUUAUUUGAUAAUGAGCCAAAUGUGUUCUUGCCUUGUCCGUUCUGCUUGGAAUGUACAUUUUUUGUUGGCAGACCAGUUUGUGUGAUGUCCUGGCUGGUCUCUACAUGUUCAUUGCAAAGGACCAGUUGUUAGCAACCAUUAAAAAAU